CGUUCGAGCGAAGAGGACGCCAGCUCGUUCUUCGUCUUCGUUUCGACGAACUAGGGUUUCGAAACCCUAAACCCCUGCAUCUCUUUGGUGGCCCUACUCUUCUCGAUCCUAGGUCGGAGGUUUUCAUGUUGGAUUUGGGUGGAUUUCCAAUGUCGGCAGCCGCAGGAAGUGCCAAGCGAAGCAGGGAGAAGUCGGAGUGCCUGAGGCCUGAGAGGAAGGCGAAGAAGCCAGAGAGUGUUGAUGACGACCCAGAUCUCGAUCUAUCCAGUGAUAUCAAGGGGAUCAUAUCGGCCUUGCAUCAGAUCAGAGAAAAAGCUCUGAAGGAUGGGCAAAAGAAGGCAGAGGAAACGAUAAAGAGUCUAGAGUUGGAGAUCCAAUCAAUGACAGAUGAUGCCAAAUCAAAGUUCGACAAAGAAAGGCAGAGUUUGAUGAAGGCAUUAUUAAAGAGUUCUAAAGAGUGUGAGAGCUCUUUGAAAACAGAGUACAGCAAGUUUCAAGCAGCUUAUGAAAAGUUUUGCAAGGAGAAACAAGCACAUAUACAGGCUUUUAAAGACAUAUAUUCCAAAUACGAAGAUGAAAAGGAAAAAUUGUCCAUUCGAUAUGAACAACACAGAAAGAAAGAGAAAACUAGUCUCUCUGAACUCGAGAAGACCUGUACAGACAAGCUAGCCAGUGCAGAAGAAUCUCUGAAAAAGAAGAUGCAGGUAAGUCAGCGGAAUACAACAGUCGGUCAGCAGUCUGGUUUGCUUUGUUAUCCUCCACUUUUCUAUGGUUGCUUUCUGGUAUUUUUGCAUCAUAUGUCGUUCUUGCUAAAAUUAUGCAUCUCAAUCUGCCAGUCUCAAGAAUUUUCAUAGUCUUGUGCGUGUAUCUGGAUGGUUAGUGAUUUGGGUGCUAGUACCAGGUUAUAUCAGGAACAUGUCAAAGAUCAGUAGCACUGAUAGAUGUACUCAUUAAUCUAAUCACAUCAUCUUGUCGAUGCAUGCCUCGACAAGUAAGGGUUCUGUUUGGUGCAA